AUGGAGCAAGAAGAGAUAUUUGAGAAAUUCACAUGGAAGGUGGAGAAUUUCUCUCGUUUAUGCGAGAAGUUUGAGUAUUUUGUCCUAGGAGGCUAUCCAUGGGGUCCAUUUCACGAAGGAUUAGGAAUAUUUUUGGAGGCCGUGGUAACUGGUAAUAUGUCUGAGGGAUGGAACAGAGAUGUUAAAUUUAAGUUACUUCUAUUUAAUCAAGUGAAUGCCAAAAUCACAGUCACAAAAGAAUUUCAUCACGAAUUUAAUGAAAAGGAGAAAGUUAAAGGUGCAUUUCAUUUUAUGACGACACGAGAGGUUCGUAAUCCAAAAAAAGGAUUUGUUGUGAAUAAUGAGUGUAUUGUUGUCGCUGAAAUUUUGGUUUGUAAGUCAACACAUGAGAAAAGAGUAUAUCAAACGGUUAAUAUAACUUCAUCCCUCCUAUUGGGAAGUCAAAUUGGUCAUCCGGAAGUGGAAUCUCCUGUUGUUUCUAUGGAAGAUACUAAAAAUAAUGACGUGGAGUUUGUGUUUUCUGGAUUGAGAAGAGUUCUUUAUUUCCUUCAAACUAGAAAAGUAAAAGACAUGAACGAACAUGCAUGUAAGGAACUUCGAGUUUUAUGGGAUGAACUUAAGAAAUUUAAGUUUGAUGUUACUUGGUUAAUGCCUCAUGUUCACUAUGCGUUGGGAAUGCAACGUUUUGCGGAGAAAGCUAUGGAAGUGGAGAAAUUGAAUGAUACUUUGUUGGUUUUAGAGCUCGAAACAAUGAGGAUAAAGGAAAAGUUGGUUAGUGCUGAGAUGAGUUUAGAUGUUGAGAGGCAGUUGUUGAAAGCAAAAGAUGUCGAAGAAAUAGGUUUGAGUUAUGAUUUGGGUUGUGAGAAAUUGGUUCCUCUUUAUGGUAAAGGAAAAUCUCUAACUGAUACAAGGAUUAAAUCAUAUCUUGGAAUGGAGAUUCCUCCUCGUCCUUCCGGACAGAGGCCACAAACUGUUGAGGAAGAUGAAGAGGAACUUGAGGGAGGGGAAGAAGAGGAAGAGGAACUUGAAGAAGGUGAAGAUGAAAAUGAAGAGGAAGAGUUACUACAUCAUAUUUAA